AUGGCGGCGCGAUGGACGGUGCUGUUCCGGCUGCGGGCGGUCGAGGUGGCGGUCCGCUGCGUCGGCGCCCGCGAGCUUGCUCACGGGGGCGCGUCCGACGACCUAGCCCUCGCCGCGUCCUCGAUGAAGGCGGCCGAGCUCUUCGCGCUCUACGGCGCCUCGGCCAACCCGAUGCUCCCGCUGCCCUCCGUCCAGCACGUCCCCGACCGCAACCACCCCGUGCGGCUCGCUCUGAGCCUGUUCCAGAGCGCCAGGGCUUACACCGAGGAAGCGUGCGGCUGCAUGCAGACGUGCUGCGUCCACCUGCGGACGGCCGACGACCUGCUCGCCGUCCCGGCUCUCCCUUGCAUGGACGGCUUACUCGACGUUGAGCGCUUCAUCGCCCUCCACGCCGGCGUCAAGGCCGCGCUGGAUCUCGCGAGGGUGAGCGCCGCGCUUGCCAUCACCGCCCACUGGUUGGUGAGUUAA